GACAUGGGAUGGGAUAAUGUAAUGAGAAGCACGGCGACGACCACAACAACAACUGACACGGAUUGGUUCGUUUGUGGGUUCGACGCGGCUGUUGAGGCCCCGCAGCUUAACCCCUACCGUCCUGUAGCUAAGGCAGUUGAGGAGAAGGAAGAGGAGCGUGGGAGACACGCACCGGAGAUGGAGAGGGGAUUGCAUGCGGUGAAAGUAGAUGUGUGGGGAGUGGGUUAUAUGAUAAAGACGUGUGGAUUGAGUAAUGUGCCAAAGAUGUUGAGAGAACUUCAGGGGAAGUGCUUGGAACCGAACCAAGAGAACCGACCGACCGCAGCUGAUUGCUUUCACCACCUUCUCCAGGUUCAAUCUGCCAGUACAUCGUCAUAUUAG